AUGCGGGGGGCUCUGACGUCCCUGUCUUCGCUGCCGCCACCUCUGCUGCUGCUGCUGCUGCUGGUGCUGGGGUGCGGGCUGAGGGCGGCCGCCAGCGGUGGAGCCGCCGGGGCAGCGGGCUACCCGCCGGUGCAGUACGUGCAGCCCAUGCACAAAGGACCCGUGGGGCCGCCCUUCCGCGAGGGCAAGGGCCAAUACCUGGAAAUGCCUCUACCGCUGUUGCCAAUGGACCUGAAAGGAGAGCCUGGUCCCCCAGGAAAACCCGGACCGCGGGGUCCCCCUGGCCCUCCUGGCUUCCCAGGAAAACCAGGCACUGGAAAACCAGGGCUACAUGGGCAGCCUGGACCCGCUGGCCCCCCUGGCUUCUCCCGGAUGGGCAAGGCUGGUCCCCCAGGGCUUCCAGGCAAGGUUGGCCCACCAGGGCAGCCGGGGCUUCGGGGGGAGCCAGGGAUACGAGGGGACCAGGGCCUCCGGGGGCCCCCAGGGCCCCCUGGCCUACCUGGGCCCUCAGGCAUUGCUGUCCCUGGAAAACCAGGUCCUCAGGGGGUGCCAGGGCCCCCAGGAUUUGGGGGGGAGCCAGGGCCCCAGGGAGAGCCUGGGCCCCCGGGUGAUCGAGGCCUCAAGGGUGAAAAUGGAGUGGGCCAACCAGGGCUUCCUGGAGCCCCAGGCCAGGGGGGUGCCCCCGGACCCCCUGGUCUCCCUGGUCCAGCUGGCUUGGGCAAACCAGGUUUGGAUGGGUUUCCUGGGGCCCCUGGAGAUAAGGGUGAGUCUGGGCCUCCUGGGCUGCCAGGACCCAGGGGGGAGCCAGGAGCUUUGGGCCCAAAAGGGCCCCCUGGGCUGGAUGGUAUGGGGGUACCAGGGUCAGCAGGGGUGCCAGGGCCACAGGGCCCACGAGGGGCCAAAGGGGAGCCAGGCACCCGGGGCCCUCCUGGCCUGAUAGGCCCCACUGGCUAUGGGAUGCCAGGGCUGCCAGGUCCCAAGGGGGACAGGGGCCCAGCUGGGGUCCCGGGGCUCUUGGGGGACAGGGGCGAGCCAGGUGAGGAUGGGGAGCCGGGGGAACAGGGACCACAGGGCCUUGGGGGCCCCCCUGGACUUCCGGGGUCUGCAGGGCUACCUGGCCGACGUGGGCCCCCGGGGCCUAAGGGGGAGACGGGGCCUGGAGGACCCCCAGGAGUGCCUGGCAUUCGGGGUGACCAGGGGCCUAGUGGCCUGGCUGGGAAACCUGGGCUCCCAGGAGAGAGGGGGCUUCCAGGGGCUCAUGGACCUCCUGGACCGACUGGGCCCAAAGGCGAGCCAGGUUUCACGGGCCGCCCUGGAGGACCAGGGGUGGCAGGAGCCCUGGGGCAGAAGGGUGACUUGGGGCUCCCUGGGCAGCCUGGCCUGAGAGGCCCUUCUGGAAUCCCAGGACUCCAAGGUCCGACUGGCCCUAUCGGGCCGCAGGGUCUGCCAGGCCUGAAGGGUGAACCAGGCCUGCCGGGGGCCCCUGGAGAGGGGAAAGUGGGAGAACCUGGCAUGGCUGGGCCUACAGGGCCUCCUGGGGUCCCAGGUUCCCCAGGACUCACAGGCCCUCCUGGGCCUCCCGGACCUCCCGGGCCCCCUGGUGCACCUGGGGCCUUCGAUGAGACUGGCAUCGCCGGCCUGCACCUGCCCAAUGGCGGCGUGCAAGGAGCUGUGCUGGGCAAGGGGACCAAGCCCCGGUUUGGGCUGGGCGAGCUGUCGGCCCAUGCCACGCCCGCCUUCACCGCUGUGCUCACCUCGCCCUUCCCCGCCUCAGGCAUGCCUGUGAAGUUUGACCGGACCCUCUACAAUGGCCACAGUGGCUACAACCCGGCCACCGGCAUCUUCACCUGCCCCGUGGGCGGGGUCUACUACUUUGCUUACCACGUGCACGUCAAGGGCACCAACGUGUGGGUGGCCCUGUACAAGAACAACGUGCCAGCCACCUACACCUAUGACGAGUACAAGAAGGGCUACCUGGACCAGGCGUCUGGGGGGGCCGUGCUCCAGCUGCGGCCCAACGACCAGGUCUGGGUGCAGAUGCCCUCGGACCAGGCCAAUGGCCUCUACUCCACCGAGUACAUCCACUCCUCCUUUUCAGGAUUCUUGCUGUGCCCCACAUAA